AUAAAACACAACAAUGACAAACGUCACACAUAAAAAUUGAACCUUAGUACAUAAAAUACAGCAAAAUUUUCCGUUUCAAGAAGAAACGCCUGAGACAUAUACUUCGUAACGUUUUCAGUUUGAUCAACUGCUUAACAAUUACGAUGACUUCAAAGAAACCAAUUAGACAGAGUCGUGAAUCUAGUGAGAAGAAUCCUCAGCGUCUGUCCGAUGUAGCUUUAGCCGCUAUAUCAUCGUUCAAGAAACAGAAAGAAGUAAGUGAUUUCAUGAAUUUCUUGCUCGGAGCUCUUGAGCGAAAUUCCGAUUGGCUUAAUACCGUCAUUGCCAAACAGAACAAUUUCAAAUGUGCCUUUAUGACAGGAGCAGGCCCAAAUCGUUUUCAGCUUCAACAAAUUAUUUAUCCUUCUAAAGAAGAUGACAUAAAACUAGAAGUUGAAGUAAAGGACUCUGAAGAUUACGACAAGAUAGCUGUAGCGGCGCUUCUUAAAUUAUCCAAUAUGGACAUGGAUUACUUGCUCAAUUAUAUUAAAACGAAACUUUUUGAUAAUCCACUGUUAACAAAGGAUUUAUUAAAGGGGAAAUCACUAGGUAUUAGCUUUGCAGUCUUAAGGCCUUUAUCCGAGAAACAAUACCGAGUAAUGGAAAGAAUAGUUAUAGGUAGCUCCAUGCAAUGCGCAGUGCCAAUAAAGAAGAGACGAAGGGAGGAAAAAUUGUUCAUUGGGCCUCCCAUAAAGAAGACCAAACGGGUGGUUUAAUUUUGUCGCAUAGUUGCACCGUCAUGGAAUACCAAAAUGAAAUGGACAGUCGUUAUGGUGCACCACGGUGUUAUGUAGCAUAUAAUGACGGCAAUUUGGAGCGACUGUGAAAUGCGAGGCUCACAGUAAAUUAUACUCAUUUUGCAAUGAUCGUUUCCGAUUACCUGUGAUGGAUGAGGUGCAUUUGUGGUGGAAUUUUUCAUUUCUAUAAAAACUUUAAUAAAAUAUUGUGUGAUGUUUUUACAAAUAACACCCAUUAAUGAAAUUCUUAAUCAUCUACAUUUGCAUAUUGUAUAUUUUAUUAUCUAUGGCCUAUGUAUGUAGUAGCUUAUAGCUAGUAGUUUUUAAACGUCUGGAAUAACAAAUAUGCUAUAACAUCAAGCAACAACCCACCUAAUGAAAGAUGUUUACUGUCGCUAAUAGGCAUAAUUAUAGUAUUAGGAUGAAUAUCACAAAAACAUUGUGAUACUAUACAUAGGGUUAAUAUCCCUCAUGGUGUCAGUCCUGAGAAUAAAAGCUUUAUGACUAUAACCUGCAAUACUAGUUUACCGCUCGACAGAACUACAA